UCGCGGCGGGCGGAAGUGAGGCGCCGGCAGCUGGCGGCCGCGGAGUCUUCGGCGAGACCUACCGGGCCCUGUCUGUGCCGGCCGUGAGCUGCGGCAGGACGGCUGGAGGUAUGUGUGGGAGGCUGGAGGGCCUGGCCGAAGGCCAGCGGGACAGGGACGUCAGCUGCACGGAGGUGGCCGCCGGCGGCGUCCGUCCAGGCCUCAGCUGUGAAGGGACAGCCGCGCCCACUCGCGCCAUCGGUCACCUGCGGGGCCCCGCGACGCCCCGCGGUUCCCAGCCCCACCGCCCCCAUCCCCGUCGUCAGCCGCCUGCUGGGCUCCGCGCCCACACCCGCAGCUCCCACCCCCGCAGUUUCCACCCCUGCGGUCCCCACCUGCGCCGGUGCGGGGCGUGGGCUGCAGAGGGCUGACUCCAGGCCCCGCCCGCCGGAGCUGGCCCCCGACUGCGCCGCUUCGCCCUUGCGCAGCUGCCACUCCGUGAGAUUUGAGAAUUUCUCCGGAAAAGUGAACGCGAGGCAGGUUUUUCCUGUCUGCCUAGGCGUGCAUCCCGCUCCGGCCGCCCUGAGCGCUUAAAAGGCACCUGCCACUGUGGUCAGCGUUUGCGUGCACGUACUUGGUCCUGGCGCGGGUAUACGCUGCCGUGUGACCCCAUUUUACGGAGAGGGGAGCGGCGGCUCAGAAUGCUCGAGCAAAGAGCCUGAGCCAUCGAGGCCUUGCGCGCCGGCUCCAGAUCCGCACACCAGCAGCCUGGAAGCCUGGUGAUGCGUAGCUCUGUAUCCCAAAAUUGUUAAGAAAACACUUUAGUAAUUCCGAGAAAUAGUCCUUGAAAGAACUCGUCUUUGAAUGGAAGUUAUUUUUAAUCUGCCAAAGGUCAACCUACUAAUGUCUGAGAAAUUUUAAGUUUGAUGCCUUUAUGAAUCUGUUACUUCUGUAACAGAAUCACCAGUUUGCUCCACAGAGCACAAUGUCUCGAUCACGACAGCCCCCCCUUGUGACCGGCAUCUCUCCAAAUGAAGGGAUACCAUGGACAAAGGUCACAAUCAGGGGAGAAAAUCUGGGGACUGGCCCCACCGACCUCAUAGGCUUGACAAUUUGUGGACAUAAUUGCCUCCUGACGGCAGAAUGGAUGUCUGCAAGUAAAAUAGUAUGUCGAGUGGGACAAGCCAAAAAUGACAAAGGAGACAUUAUUGUCACCACUAAGUCAGGUGGCAGAGGAACCUCGACAGUCUCUUUCAAGCUACUCAAACCUGAGAAAAUAGGCAUUUUGGAUCAGUCUGCUGUGUGGGUUGACGAAAUGAAUUAUUAUGAUAUGCGUACUGACAGGAACAAAGGAAUUCCGCCCUUGUCCUUACGUCCUGCUAACCCGCUUGGCAUUGAGAUUGAAAAAAGUAAAUUUUCCCAGAAGGACUUAGAAAUGCUGUUCCAUGGAAUGAGUGCUGAUUUUACGAGUGAGAAUUUUUCAGCUGCCUGGUAUCUUAUAGAGAAUCACUCGAACACCAGUUUUGAGCAGCUCAAAAUGGCAGUCACCAACCUAAAGAGACAGGCUAACAAGAAGAGCGAGGGCAGCCUGGCCUAUGUGAAAGGCGGUCUCAGUACAUUCUUUGAAGCACAGGAUGCCCUCUCAGCCAUCCAUCAAAAACUAGAAGCAGAUGGAACGGAAAAAGUAGAAGGAUCCAUGACGCAGAAACUGGAGAAUGUUCUGAACAGAGCAAGUAACACUGCGGACACAUUGUUUCAAGAAGUAUUAGGUCGGAAGGACAAGGCAGAUUCCACUAGAAAUGCACUCAAUGUGCUUCAGCGAUUUAAGUUUCUUUUCAACCUUCCUCUAAAUAUUGAAAGGAAUAUUCAAAAGGGUGAUUAUGAUGUGGUUAUUAAUGAUUAUGAAAAGGCCAAGUCACUUUUUGGGAAAACAGAGGUGCAAGUUUUCAAGAAAUAUUAUGCUGAAGUAGAAACAAGGAUUGAAGCUUUAAGAGAAUUACUUCUGGAUAAAUUGCUUGAGACACCAUCAACCUUACAUGACCAAAAACGUUACAUAAGGUACCUGUCUGACCUUCAUGCCCCUGGUGACCCUGCUUGGCAAUGCAUUGGAGCCCAACACAAGUGGAUCCUUCAGCUCAUGCACAGUUGCAAAGAGGGCUACGUGAAAGAUCUGAAAGGUAACCCAGGCCUGCACAGUCCCAUGUUGGAUCUUGACAAUGAUACACGUCCCUCAGUGUUGGGCCAUCUCAGUCAGACAGCGUCCCUGAAGAGGGGCAGCAGCUUUCAGUCUGGUCGAGACGACACGUGGAGAUACAAAACUCCCCACAGGGUGGCCUUUGUUGAAAAAUUGACCAAACUCGUCUUGAGCCAGCUGCCUAACUUCUGGAAACUCUGGAUCUCCUACGUUAACGGAAGCCUCUUCAGUGAGACUGCUGAGAAGUCAGGCCAGAUUGAAAGAUCAAAGAAUGUAAGGCAAAGACAAAAUGACUUUAAGAAAAUGAUUCAGGAAGUAACGCACUCCCUGGUGAAGCUGACGCGCGGAGCCCUGCUUCCCCUCAGCAUCCGGGACGGGGAAGCCAAGCAGUACGGAGGCUGGGAGGUGAAGUGCGAGCUCUCCGGACAGUGGCUCGCUCACGCCAUCCAGACCGUAAGACUUACUUAUGAAUCGUUGACUGCCCUUGAAAUCCCUAACGACCUGUUACAGACUAUCCAGGAUCUCAUUUUGGAUCUCCGAGUACGUUGCGUAAUGGUCACACUGCAGCACACGGCGGAAGAAAUAAAGAGAUUAGCUGAAAAAGAAGACUGGAUUGUUGAUAAUGAAGGACUGACUUCUCUACCAUGUCAGUUUGAACAGUGCAUCGUGUCUUCUCUGCAGUCACUGAAGGGGGUUCUGGAGUGCAAGCCGGGAGAGGCCAGUGUCUUCCAACAACCUAAAACACAGGAGGAGGUUUGCCAACUAAGCAUCAAUAUAAUGCAGGUUUUUAUAUACUGUCUGGAACAGUUGAGCACCAAGCCUGAUGCAGAUAUAGAUACUACGCAUCUCUCUGUUGACGUUUCUUCCCCUGACUUGUUUGGAAGUAUCCAUGAAGACUUCAGCUUGACCUCAGAACAGCGCCUUUUGAUAGUCCUAAGUAAUUGCUGCUAUCUAGAACGUCACACCUUCCUAAAUAUCGCAGAACAUUUUGAAAAGCACAACUUCCAGGGAAUAGAAAAAAUAACACAGGUUAGCAUGGCCUCAUUGAAAGAACUAGAUCAAAGACUCUUUGAAAAUUACAUCGAGUUGAAAGCAGAUCCCAUCGUUGGCUCCUUAGAACCUGGAAUUUAUGCAGGAUAUUUUGAUUGGAAAGACUGCCUGCCUCCAACAGGUGUCAGAAACUAUUUAAAAGAAGCACUGGUGAAUAUAAUUGCCGUGCAUGCAGAGGUGUUCACUAUUUCCAAAGAACUGGUCCCUCGGGUACUGUCCAAGGUGAUAGAAGCAGUUUCUGAAGAGCUCAGUCGACUGAUGCAGUGUGUCUCAUCCUUCAGCAAAAAUGGAGCUUUACAGGCGAGACUUGAAAUCUGUGCUUUGAGGGACACUGUGGCUGUUUACCUGACACCCGAAAGCAAGUCAAGUUUUAAGCAGGCUUUGGAAGCCCUGCCCCAGCUUUCCAGUGGAGCAGAUAAAAAGUUACUGGAAGAGCUCCUGAACAAGUUUAAGAGUGGCAUGCACUUGCAGCUCACCUGUUUCCAAGCAGCUUCUUCAACCAUGAUGAAAACAUAGAAGGUUGAGUGCUGCGGGAAGAGCUGCUUCUGCAGGGAGUGUUCUGGAAUGGCGUGGCACAUAUUGAAGCAUUUCUCAGUGUCCCGUUCACAGAAGCGCAGGCAGCUCCCACGACACACGGAGAGACUGAUUGAUGAUAAGAGGAGAUUUGGAAAGUUAUAUGUAGACAUCUUUGGAGCUCUUACUGUCCUAAACUGUACAGCUGUGCUUAAAACCCUUAUUUCAUAUAAAUGGCCUUAAGUUUUCUAAUUCAAGCAGGUUUUUGGAAAAAUUUGUGGUCUCCAUUAAAAUACGUAUUACUACUGGGGUAGAUUAUUUGUGGUCCAGGUGUCUGAUUUAACUUUGCAUUUUGCUAUCUGAUUUUUAUUUUUCACAGGACUGAGCACUAGCUUUCAUUCUCUCUCACUCUUAAUUUGAUGUGUGUCACUUCCCAUCCAUGCGUUGCAGUCCGAGGCCCUGUGUGUUAUCUGUGAUGGAGUGUGAACGUGUUACGGGUACUGUGUUACACUCACAGGUGUUGGCGGGGCGGUCGCAGGCUUCAGGGUCCCCUAAAGGAAAGGCCAGGCUCCGUGUGGACGGCCAACUCCCUGCCCACCGCUGCCCACUCCUUCAGCAGGUGACUUUGUCUGUGCCACUUCUUACCUGCUGAGGGACCUUGUUCAGUAGCUGGAAGAAUGUUGGUGUCACACAGUCUCUUCUCUCAAACUUCAGGAUGCUCCUUGGUCACCUGGCAGUGGGAGCUGUAGACCAGCUGCGUGCAGUUGCCCCACAUUCACUGCUGACUGGCUUUACUGGAAUAGGUUCAGGUCACCGUGACUUCUCUCACAGUCAGCUGCCCAUCCAACUCCAUCAUACCGUUGCAUCUGAAAACUGAGGAAUUCUUUCUUUGUAGUCGGCUUGUCAGGGUUUUCAAAUUUUUCUAUGGUUAUUUUAAAAUCCCUUUUUUUAAAUGCUAAAAUUAAUGUCCUCAUUAAUGUAAUUUUAGAGCACAGUGUAGCCAUGUACAGUUUCCAUUAUUUAAAAUAAAUGUGUUGGUUCAUUUGGUGUAUGGGGGACAUCAUAGUAACUGGAAAUGAAAGUUUAAUCUUUUACAAAUGUGCUUGAUAAAGCUGUUAAGAAUUGUCUUUCCUAAGUAUGUUAACUGUUGUAUCUAACUCAACUGUGAGCUAAAUUUAAAAACUGCAAUCAUGAAUGUUUGUGUUAUUUUAAAUAUCUAGUACAGCACAUUCAGCCAAUAAAGAAUCUGCCUUUAAUGUAA